CAUGUAAUUGGCAGUUGCAGUGAAGCGUCCAUGCCAGGGUGAAGGAUGUGUGGCUUCGUCGCUAUUUCGAUUAAAGGCAAUGAAGUUUGAGCUAGCAUACAGCUAACGUUAGCUUCCUUAGCAAAACAAAGGGUGCAACAGAGAUACACAGUAUCUAAAGGAGGUUAACUUUCUCACCCCUCAAAAUAAGCCCACAGCAUCAUCAGCAAACAUGGAGUCACAAGCAGCAACCCCACAGCCAGUCAUGUGUGAGGUCUGUGGAACAUACUUUGAGACACGCAGAGGACUCUCCAGCCAUGCCCGCCUACACCUACGACAGCUCGGCGUGACGGUGUCCGAAAGCAGUGGAGCCCCCAUUGACCUCCUCUACCAGCUCAUCCGGGAGAGAGAUGGCAGCCUCCCCAAUUUUAAAGCAGACUCUUCUGCAGCUGGGCCGACAGCCCUCAAAAAAACAUCCCAGCAGGAGUCCGAGACGCCUUCAGAACCAGAGGACAAGAGUGCCUCGUACAAAGCAGGGAGUAGAGUUGUGACGACUCCGCCCAAGAUGGAUCACGGAUCUCCAGCUAGACUGAAAGAGUCAGCAGCGUCUCUCCUUCCCUCGUCCCCCUCCGGAUCGAGGCUGGUUGAGUCUAGAGUGAGUGAAGACAGCAGUUCAUCCGGCUUAGAGCAAACGCCAACAAAGCCACUGUGGGCGCCGCUUGAGACUGAUCGCCCCAUCACCUUAGACACCAGUGAUGAGGUCCAUGUCUGCCAACUCUGUGGCUGCUGGUAUGAGACACGUAAAGGCCUGUCCAGUCAUGCUCGUGCCCAUCUGCGCCACAUUGGGGUAGCUGACAGUGAGAUCAAGGGCAGCCCUAUUGAUCUUCUAUACCGGAUCAUGGAGGAGGAGGACCUUAAGCCAAUCAACAGUGAGCGAUCGGAGGAGCCAACCUCAAACAAUCCUCCUAAAACCUCCUCCAAGCGAACCUCCAGUCUGUCCUCUCCGCCCAGCAAAAGACCUAAAACAUCAGAGAACUCUACCUGUAUUCUGUGCGGGGAGAAGUUUGAGAAUCGUAAAGGCCUGGCAUGCCACGCACGGUCUCACCUGAAUCAUCUCGGGGUGGUUGACCUGCCCGGGAAAAGCUCUGCAAUCGAUACCUUGCAGGAACUGGUCAGCAGCGGCGUGCUAGAAGCUGUACGCUCCCCCAAAGCUAAGAGUGCAACCAGCUCAUCUGCAGCACGGGCUCCGUCUCCUACUCCAGGCCAGUCGCAAACCUCCUACCUCUCUCCAAGCCCUGCAAAGUCCACUUCUCAUUCUCCAUUUAAGAGAGCCCCAAAGGCUAAGAAAGGCUUUCGACUGGCUGUGGACCCACUUCAUAGGAAGCCCAAGCCAGAGCCUUUGGAGAUUGAGGUGUUUGUUCACCCGCAGGGAUCAAGCAAUGAAAGCAACUCUCUUGCACAGAAGUCGCCUGCCGCUGCUGUGGGUUCGAAGGAUCCUAAUGCAGAGUCCUCCACAGAUGUACAGUCCCCACCAACAGUCCUCUGUGAUUUCUGCGGCCAGCUGUUUGACACCCGCAAAGCCCUGUCAUGCCACGCCCGUGCCCAUCUGCGCCAGCUCGGCCUCACCUGGUCCAUCAAAACAUCCCCAAUCGAUCUCCUUAAAGAGGUCAUGAUGCAUGGCUCAGAGGACAGGAAAGAGUCUGUGGCUGGUGGGUCAUCGGGCAAAGCCUCGUGGACCCCGCAAAGCUCCAAAAGGUCCCUGGACAGCCUCCAGUCAGGGGAAUCAGCCAACAAACCCUGCAGCUCUCCUCUCGACUAUUCCAUGAAAGAGAAAUCCCCGUCUGGCAAAGGUGGGGCCUCACACACAGACACAUCCUGCGAGCUUUGCGGGUUUGAUUUUGAAAACCGUAAGGCCCUGGCUAGUCACGCGCGGGCCCACCUCCGACAGCUGGGAAUCAUUGAGUGGAAGGCAGACGGAGCGACAUCACCAAUCGAACUCCUCAGUGAGUUGAUCCGCAGGGACCCAACCAAGGUAGCAGCAAUAACCCGACGCUAUCGUAUGGGAGACCUCUACAUCAAGAAGUCUCAGAGAACCACUGCUUCACCCUCUAUGUCCACCGACUCCGACUCUGUGUCGGGCAGCAGUCUGAAGCACCCUGGUGCCGGCUCCUCCAGACAUUCACAAGGCCACGUACGGUCUGCCCAUGGCGACCCCGGCGUGCACUCCCCAAGAGGGGUCCAUCCACCGAAAUAUGUAGUGCCUGCACGGGAAGAAAAUUCCCAGCAACCAUCACGGUCAGGCAGCAUUCCUGCUCUGCUGCCAAAGCCCCCACUAACACCGCUGGUCAAACUGGUGGGCAAAAUCUACUCCCUCAAGUGCAGGUUCUGUGAAGAGGUGUUUCAUGGACCUCUGUCAGUUCAGGAGCAGUGGAUCACACACCUGCAGAAACACAUCCUGUCACUGGGCUACAAAGGCAAAGCAUCCCCUCCUGCUGCACCGGUGGCAGCUCCAGCCCUCGUCCAUCCAGUAGCCGUGUAGUUCAUGAAGUCUUUCUGUCAUCAAACAAUGUCUUCUUUUUCUAAUAUCAUGUCAGAGUCGAGAACUAGUGUCAUUAUGUUCAUGUGGACGUCACAAAUUGUCAGAGCAGUACAAAUUAGAUGUCCCCUUUUCUUCCUGGAGAGGGCAACCAUGAGCCAUAUGAGGAAAGCAGCAGAAUGUAAUCCACUCAGGUAAAAUCCACCAGAUUCAAUAGAUCACCACACUGAUUUUGAUAUGAAACAGAAGAUGCUUCAUCACUCAUUUUGAUAAGUAGUGCUUUUCUCAUUAGAUGUGUAGGCGUUCAGUAUGUUUGAGUGUGACUUAAUGUUGGUGUGUCCCACACUGAGAGGACGAUCUCAGGCCGUAUUUUCUGUUUCUGUUUUUGUCCUACAGAGUAGACUGGUGUGGUUGUCAUAUCACUGUGAUAUUUGUGUCUUCUUAACAUGCCUUUAUAUUUAAUGGAACUUUGUUUUAAAGUAAUUCUUUUUCAAGUGUCACUAUAAAUCAGGAAGGACGCAUUUUUUUUACCAAUUAAAAUAUUAUUGAAUAACACAACGGUGAUGCCAAAAGGUCAGACACAGAUUUGUGUCUUACUGGUGGCAGCUCAGGACUGUAAUGUCCUACAGAUCAGAGCCUCAACCACUGUGGCUCCCCUCGUCAUUUUCUUCAGGUCUGACUGCUAAUAAUCAUGUAGUGUAUUUCUGGUCUUUUUACAUUUCUUUUUUAACACUUAUGUAAAUAAAUUCUGUCUUGUAUUUAACCAUA